AUGGCUUCAGACUCAGACGGUACUUUCCCCUCGUCAUUGUCCACCUCUACCUCCCUCCCCACCAGUUCCUCUCCCUCCGUUGGCAACACCACCACCACCGCUUCUAAACCCUCCUCCACCUCAACCAUCCCGUCCCCCCAACCCCACCAGCACACGCUCUCCCCCGAGACAACGCCCCUCAGCCCCGUCAAAUCCCCCACUGACGCCGCCCUCCCAGCCUCAUACCCGCUCGCCGCGCAAAUCCCCAUCAGCAGCUUCGCCACGCUGCCCACCUUCCCCCCCGAAGCCUCGCACCUGCGCGCCCUGACCCUGACCGCCGACCUCCCCCUAACCGAGUACCAGAACCUGCUCAAAGGCGGCGAGUACGCGCUCCCGGAGCCGCCGCAGUCCAUCACGCACCUGACGCUCGAGCUCUUCAGCCUGGGUUUCCCGGGACGCAACCCGCACUGGCUGGCCAAUCUGGCGCGCGCGCUGCCCAACCUCAAGAGCGUCACUUUCUUCAGCUGCCUGAUUGACGGGCUGGACGACGCGAGCCGCGCGGACGCGCUCGAGUUCUUCGACUUGGCGCGCGUGCUGCGCGAGUGUCAUGUCAUCGAUAGCUUUGCCAGGCCAGGGUUUUGGUCACAGGUGGGGAAGCUGUGGGCUGAAAGGGCGAGGGAUGCGGCGCUGGAGAGGGAGGCCGAUGGGGCGGCGAAUGGGGCAGCGAAUGGGGAGGGGAUGGAUGAUGGGGGUGUCAAGGUCGUGGAGGUGAGUUAUACGUAUCGCGGCCAUGAGGACAGUGAUUUCCUGGCGCGCUGUCAUGGCGAGGAGCUGGCGGCGUUGGCGGUGUCGGGGCUCGUGGGGUUUGGGGCCGGGAUGGUGGAGGAGUCAGAGGGUGAUACUGAACUGGGGGACGGGAAGGAGAUCGAGGCGGGAGAUGAGAAGAAGGGGAAGGUCGGUGGCAUUCUGCCCUACGCGAGCGAUUCCCGCGCCGCGGAGGGCGUGAAGACCAAGUUCAAGGAACUGGCAGCGGCGGGUGACCUGGCGGGCUUGAAAGUGCUGAAUCUGGGCUUGUGGACGCUCAGCGUGUCAGACAUCAAAGAGCUGCUGAGCGGCAUAAAGCUGCAGGAAGGCGGCACCGGCCUCAUCGACCUGACGCUCUCGGUCUUGAUGAGCGAAGGCUGGGCACAGGGUCUGGUGGACGCGCUGGCGGCAUCGCCCGCCGUGCUCAAGAACCUCGAAGGCAUCGAAAUCAUCGGCGUGCCCAGCAUGUCGAAGCCCAAGGGCAGUGCGUCGGGCCCGGCCAAGACGGACGAGCAGAUCGACAAUAUCAUGGACACGGGCGACGAGGAUUGGGCGUCGGCGGCGGGUGUGAAAGUGUUGGAUGAAAAGGAGGUGGCGCUGUUGGGGGAAAAGUGCCCAAGGCUGGCGAAGGUCGAUAUGAGUAUCCUGAAGGCGAAGAAGGCGGGGCUGGUGGGGUUUGUGAGGGAGGGACCAGGCGAGGCGUGGAAGAAGGCUUAG